CACCAUCACGGAGACGCGAGUGGGAGGCGCAAACUGCACGGAGCUGCACGCCGCCUCUCUAUAACCAGCAGCUCACACUCUCUCCCACUCCACUCUUCUCUCUCACUCCAACCUCUCCUCUUCCACUCCACUCCACUCCACGGACACUCAGCAAGCUCUGGAUGCCUCCAUGCAUGGACAACUUUUUCACUUCUUUUCCCAGGAUCUUCUCCACUGGAUUAUAACUUUUUAGAGACACAUUUACAAAAAAAAAUUAUAUUUUUUUGCGUGUACGUGGGUUUGUGUGACAAGUGCACUUCCCGUCUGCCUUGCUGGGAUUGUCCCACUUUGAGGAGUUAUGCUGAGCCGCUUCCCUGCAGAGGAGUAACAGGAGUUUUUGCAAGCUUAAACUGGAAGCAGAACCACCACCAGUUACUGGUUUCUCUCCCUGAGGGGAUGGUUGAGGGUCCUCGGGGGCCAGGAGCGACUUUGGGGCUCCUCCACGACUGCUUCGUCUCGUUUGGGGUUCAAACCAAAUUAAAAGGGAGAUGAGAGCCACAAUUUGUUACUUCCUGCUGUGGACGUCCUACAUGCUUCUGGCCACCGCUGAGGAAGUGCAGUUUCCACAGGAGCUGAUAGACAGACUGGCCCACAGUGAAAUCCACAGCAUCAGCGACCUCCAGCGGCUACUGGAUAUUGAGUCCGUAGGUACGGGAAACGAUGUUAUCGAGAGGCCCAAGCAUCACAAACACCACAACAACAACAACAACAACAACAACCAUCACCAUCCCAAGAACUACUCCCAUCACCCUGGUCACUACAGCGACCUGAAGAGCUCGCAGCUACACAGCCGUCGCAAGAGGAGCAUCGUCGAGGAGGCGGUCCCGGCGGUGUGCAAGACGCGAACGGUGAUCUACGAGAUCCCCAGGAGCCAGGUGGAUCCCACGUCGGCAAACUUCCUGAUAUGGCCGCCCUGUGUGGAGGUGAAGCGCUGCACGGGUUGCUGCAACACCAGCAACAUGCGCUGCCAGCCGUCCCGCAAGCACCACCGCACCGUUAAGGUGGCCAAGGUGGAGUACGUCAAGAGGAGGCCCAAGCUCAAAGAGGUCUUUGUACGGUUAGAAGACCACCUGGAGUGCGUGUGCACGUCGCAGCAUCACGUCGUGGAGCACUCCGAUGCAGAAACCGUGGACGUGAGGUGAGACCGAUGCAGAAAAAAAAAAAAAAAGGACGUCAGCGUGGGCGGGACUUCCUCCAUUCACCGCCACACUUCUUUGCUUCAAAGAACUUUUCCCUAAAGACAAGACUGAUGAAAAUAAACAAGACAAAUGAUGCCAAAGGUGCUUAAAAAAAAACUAUCCAUUGACUGAUAAGAGGAAGAGGAGGGGGGGAUGAUGACACCGUGGAGGCCAAAAGGGAUUUUUUUUUUCUGUGUGGGACAUUUGUUUGAACAAGACACACAAGAAUACGAUGAAAAGAAGCGGAUGACCUCCAGCUGGGUGUGCCCUCGAAAGAAAUGACUCUUGCAGGAAGGAGAACACCCCCCCCUCUCUCUUGUCCAUGUACAGUUUUGCAAACUACAAACUAUUUAUACGCUUUCUUAAAAGUGAAAGAACUGAAAGGACAUGUGGAGAUCCCUGUUUUGUCAUACUUGUUGUCCUAUUAUUAUUAUAAUUAUUAUUAUUAUUAUUACAGUGUAUCAAGUUAUGUGUAUGGUUUGGAUAUUUGUGCGCCAAGGAGGAGACGUGCAGGAAGAUGCUUUAUUUUUGUUAUGAAAUAUAUUAUACUUCCUUUUAUUCAAGCAGGAAUGUUUUUUUGUUGUCGUUGGUUAUUGAAUGUCUCUAUUUAAUCCAUUUGGAAAAGAUGCAAAAAAAAAAAAAAGGCAAUGAUUGUUGUGCAUAAUAAGUGCUCCUUAAUGCAUUUCACAUACACAAUAUACUUUAUCACUGUAACGCUGAUAAGGAUGAUGCCCACCCAGUCUGCUGUAGCGACAACACACACACACACACACACACAGAAAGAGAACAAAGUCCACCUUAAAGAGUGAAUGAAUAAGCAGAGCAAAUCGACAAGUGCAUGAAUGGGCUCCUUGUUUCCUCCUCACAAAGCCUUCCCACACACACACACUUUUCAAAAAGAGCCCAAAUCUGAUGGAACUAACUGAUAUUUUGUAAAAAGCAACAAUGGCGCUCUUCCACCGUGAGUACAAACAAGCUAGUUUUACACUGGCAAGCAUGAGCGAGUGACUGUAAACACAACAACAACAACAAGAAGAGAGCAUGGGACUGUAUCAGCCAGAGAGGAGACAAAGUCCACCUUGGGAAUCAACCAUCAUUUCAAUGGUGCUUUAUUUAUGUUGUCUCAGCACUGUUUGCUUUUUUUUUUAGCAAUCACAUCAGAUAAAAAUGUAAAAAAAAAAUGCCUUAAGAAUUUGUUGUUGUUUUUUUUUUUAAGAAAACAAAAAACUUUUCUAAUUUGGAUGAAGACAGCAAUAAUCAUAAUUUAUAUAUUUAUGUUCAACAAUAAACAUAUUUCUGCUCAUGAAACUUUCACAGAA